UGCAACAUCUACAUUAAAUUUCAAUACGUCAUGACUCUUACCAUCGUCACCUUCAACAACUCCAUUCAAAUGUUCUACAUUUUAAGCUUCUUGCAAUUCGUCGUGGACAUGUAUUUCAUUUACUUGUAUAGAAAGGAUUACAUGGAGUACUAUUCACUUUACGAUUACAUCGAUAGAGUACUCGGCAUGCCCAACUAUGCACAAAUCAAAAAGAGUAAUAACAAAAUAUGCUUUUUCUUCAUUUUUCUUGCUGCCACUACUAUUUUGAUCGACUACACUGCGUGGCGUAUAGCCUAUGGUUGGGUUUUGACCACUAUCUACUCUAUCGAUUACUUGUACCUUGCGUUAAGGAUUGUAAGCUCUUUGGAAAUUAUGACUCACUUUUCCCAAGUUUUAUUUCGACUGAAAAUUGUCGGAGAUAGUAUAGAAGUCUUUCAUAGCAGCAACAAUUUAAAACUUGGCGGAUUUCUCGCUGCACAGAAAAAAGAUCGCCUUGACAAGUUGAAAAUUAUUUGCUAUAAUCACAGUGAUGUUAUUCUGUGGUACAAAAGAUGUUACUUGCUUUUGCUGGAACAGUGCGAUUUCAUAAACAAUGCUUACGGAUUUCGGAGAACACCCCAUGGUUCGGGAUCCUUGCCCAUGCUGUCGACAGUAAUGCGGAUCAUAAACUCUCUCUGCGUCCUGUUGAUCGGCAUAAGUCGGUGCGAGCAGAACUAUAGAGAAACGGAGAGAAUUGUCAGUUUGAUCGAUGACUUGAUCAUAAACAAGAAAACUGAUGAAGCAUCCUCGUCCUCUCUGCUGGAGCUGCGGCACCUCAUCAGCACGCGGCCGGUGCAGUUCAAGGCGAUGAACUUCUACAGGCUGGACUACUCGUGUUUCGUGUCAGUCAUCUCCGCCAUAGUCACUUAUACUAUUAUUUUGUUGCAAAGUUUGACUUAA